AUGAAACAAUCUCUUGACAUUAAAUACCCUGACAACCCGCUGCACUUUUUUCUUCACUCUGGCCAUAUCAAUACAAACGCUACUAAAGAAAAUAACAUAACCUCAUUCACAAUGAUGCCUCCAUCAGACUCUUUGCGACACCACCUACAUAAGCUCGCUGAAGUCCGGGCGGAUCGCAAUACUUCUUCUAUAUCUACACCUACCUCUACUUCGACUCCAGGCACAGCUCCACCCCCAUACACAUUGUCUGUUACCAGACCCAGCGGUACAACUGUCAUGAGCAUCGAUCAGAACGACAUGGACGACCCAUGGGAUUCCCCAAUCAAUAUUUACAUUGACAACUCAAUCACCGUAACUGGUGAUGAAAACACCAUCACGGUGUCGUCUCCUGGAGUGGAUUCUCCCACUGAUCCAACUCAUAUGGAGGCCCAGGCAUCCCCUCGCCUGAGCUCCAUCGCGGCUGUCAUCAUCGCUGCGCUGAACCGCGCAAAUGUCCUCCAUGAUGAUAUGGGUUACCCCCGGCCCGUCAACGUUCGUGCUCUCGCGGGCAUUCGGGUGAAUGGCCGAAAUAACAACAUUUGUGUCGGGUGUGAAAUCAACAAGUCUCGGGAUGAGACUGCCGACACCAGAGCUGAAGAAAGUAACGGCCGCAAGCGGCGUGCCAGCUCGGUUCGUACUCCAAUUCGUAAAAGGAUCUUCAAGAAGUUUACGCACUGA